GAGGUCGACGUGUCUGUAUGAAUAAAAUUUAAUAUUAAUUUGUAAUAUUUAUAAUUUUACUGUUACAUAAACUACUAUUAAAAUAUACAAUAAGUUUAUUACAGGGAUACCCCUUUUAAUAUAGUGUGUUAAAUUUCACAGAUGACGUGUGCAAAUUCCGUUUUGUUUCGGUUAAAGUGCAUAUGAGUAAACAAAGGCUUUUAUGCGAAAACAAUGGCUUUAUUCGUGCACAGUGUUAGUAAGCGUGGAUGAGGCGAGUUACGAAAUAUUUUUGGAGGACUUUCGGCUUUAAAAAAUUGUCUAAAAUGAGUGGAGUGAGUCGGGAUGCGCCGGUUGGUAUACAGUUUCUACAACGCGCAACUGGAUGGCUUUGCCCGCGAUGGCAAUUCAACAGGCUUCGAUUCUACCAGACGUGCGUGCUGCUGCUGACAUUCUUCACGUACAUGACGUACCACCUGACCCGCAAGCCCAUCUCGGUGGUGAAGAGCGUGCUGCACAGAAACUGCAGCGAGCUGCCGCCGCCGCCCGGCGUCGCGCCCGACGAUGACCAGUGGUGCAACUGGGCUCCUUUCAACACGACGGACGCGAACACCCUGCUCGGCACACUGGACAGCGCGUUUCUGUUCUCGUACGCGAUCGCCAUGUUCGUCUCAGGCAUGGUGGCGGAGCGCGUGGACCUCCGCUAUUUCCUCACGCUGGGCAUGCUGUUCUCCGCCGUGUUCUGCUACUUGUUUGGUAUCGCGCGGACUUAUAACAUACACAAUAUAUCGUACUACUUGUUAGUUCAAGCGGCCGCGGGCAUCGCACAGACGACCGGGUGGCCGGGCACCGUCGCCAUCGUCGGCAAGUGGUUCGGCAACAGCAAAAAGGGGCUCAUAUUCGGCGUGUGGAACUCGCACACCUCCAUUGGGAACAUAUUGGGCACAAUAAUGGCGGCGACAUUCGUGGAAUCCGACUGGGCGCUGUCGUUCAUAUACCCGGCGCUGGUGAUGGGCCUGAUGGGCCUGCUGGUGUUCCUGCUGCUGCCGCCACACCCCAAGUGCGUCGGCAUCGUACCCACUACCGGCGGGGAGCCGCGGUCGUCGCGCUCUGACGAUGAAGAGGAGCAGCCGCAAGUGAUCGUCGGAGACCAGGCGGCGAACCUGAGGCCCAGCCGACACUCCGCGAACACGCCGCAGUACUCGCCGGAGCCGGAGGCGGCGACGGAGAGCACGGCGCUGCUGUCGCGGCGGUCGUCGGCGGCGGCGGCGGCGGCGGCGGGCGGCGGCGGCGCAGUGUCGUUCACGCGCGCGCUCGCUAUCCCCGGCGUGGUGGAGUUCUCGCUGUCGCUGUUCUUCGCCAAGCUGGUCAGCUACACCUUCCUCUACUGGCUGCCCGUCUAUAUCAACUCCUCCACGCACGCGGCGCCGCAGCGCGCGGGGCGGCUGAGCACGGUGUGGGACGCGGGCGGCGCGGCGGGCGGCGUGCUGGCCGGCCUGCUCGCCGACCGCCUCGGCGCGCCCGCGCUCGUCUGCGCCGCCUUCUACGCGCUCGCCGCGCCCGCCCUGGUGGCGUACGAGCGGUGGGGCGCGGCGCGGUACGAGGCCAACGUGGCGCUGCUGCUGCUCAGCGGCGCACUCGUCAACGCGCCCUACGCACUCAUCACCACCGCCGUCAGCGCCGAGCUCGGCACGCACAGCAGCCUGGCGGGCAACUCGCAGGCGCUCGCCACCGUCACCGCCAUCAUCGACGGCACCGGCAGCGUCGGCGCGGCGAUAGGGCCGAUGCUGGCGGGCGUGGUGUCGGCGAGCGGGUCGUGGUCGCGCGUGUUCGCGAUGCUCAUCGCCUGCGACCUGCUCGCGCUGCUGCUGCUGCUCAGGGUAGUGAAAUCAGAAGUGGUGAAAUUAAGGCAAGAAAGGAGAUUGAUCUCGCCCAGAAUCGUACGGAUAGAGUGAUGGUAGGCUAGUAUAUGCGUAGUAUACAUUGUGUAUAUAUAUACAGGUAUAAUAGUUAUGUAUGAAUUUUUACGCAACGUCAAAAAAGAGGAGUUUCCUUUGUUCAGUAUUUUUUGUGAGUAGAACUUUUAUUGGUGAUUGUUAGAUUGCAAGAAUCUAUAAAGUUUACUCCCGUGUCCGUUCCAUAGUAAUGUUUUGUUUAUCCUAUUCAAUAUCUGGAAAGCAGGCUCGGUUUCUUUUUAUACAUUGACAUUUCUUUUUAAACGAAAUUACAUAUAAAAAUAAAUAAUUUUAGUAAAAAUAUGUGUCAAGAUUAUUUAUUUUAAAGGAAAUUAAUAAAUGUAUAAUAUAUAUAAUACUCUUGGAUAACAGCGCCACCUAGUGAGAUCAAACUUAACAGAACUUGUAUUAUGUAUUAGAUGAAUUAUAUUGGAAAGUAAAACAGCGUCUAAUUGAAUGUUAAAUGUUUUAAUCUAAAGGCAAAUAUCUUGUAUUAUAUUUUUAUAAAACAGUAUAUUUGCCUGUUUUAUAUAGAUAUAAAACAGGCAAAUUGCCUGCUGCUCAUGUCUACAGGCGACGGUUACCAUUUUCCAUCAGGUGGGCCGUCAGCUUGUUUGCCAUUCUAAGUUGUAUAAUAUAUAUAUAUUGCUUCUCUUAUUCUAUGCUUUGUAACUCUAGUCGCCCCUUACGAUGUUCUGCAGAUGCCUAAGGGGAAGUGGCGACAUGUUGUAUCCUUAUAUUUUAUGCUAUUACACACUUUAGUACAAUUGAAAACAUUGACAAUAUUUAUGCGGAAGUUAUAUUUAUAUAUAUAUUUGUAUGUGAUUUGUGUUCUUUUUUUAUAUUAGUAGUUAAAAAUAAAUGCAUUUCAUACUCUGAUAUUCCUUGUGCGUUGUUUUGUAAUGUUGUGUGCGUAUUUAGAUGGUAGUUUUAUUGUUGUUGACGACGCGCACUCUGCACUCUGCACUCGGCUCCCGACUCUGCUUACAGAAGACCGCCAUGUUUAGCCAACUGCAUAAUAAAAAACGUAAUGCCAUCCAAAAGAUGCCAGAAUCGCCUCAACGGCUUGAUCUAUUAUAAUAAAUAGCGUGUCGUUAAAUGUGUCUUAAUUGUGGGAGUGCUACACACUCCUUGACAGCUAUAUUAAUUAUAUAAAUAAGCCGGAAUUAAUUUUUUUUUAAAUUGUUAGUAAAUUUUUUAUUUUAGAAAAAUUAUUGAAUCUUGUGUCUGCCAUAAUAGAGGGCUACCAGGGGCAUAUUAUGUAGUGUCAUCACAGUUACAGCACAUACUAUCGCGUUACUAGUAUGACUACUGUUGUGUACAGUUCACCGCGAGUACGUGCCGUCUGGACUACUUAUUAUAUUAUAAAUUAUUGUUUUAUAAUUAGGUUUUUUUUUUAAAUUUGAUAUACAACUUUAUAAAAAAAUAUAUUCCUAUUAUAUUAAAAAGAUAAAUUAUAAUACUGUAUGUACUGUUUUGGUUUCUUACGACGUUGUGUGAGAAGAUAUAUCUAUUUUUACUGGAUUCAAAGGAAUAGACUUUUUACUGGAAGAAAGGAAAGGAAUUAGUUAAGAAACUACUAGUGUCUUUGUCUGAUAAUGAUAUUCUUUUAUAAUCGGAAAUGUUUGAAUUUAAAUCUGCAAUUGCAAUCCUGAUAUAUAAUAAUAAUAUACGAAUUUUACUACACGUAUGGACAGUCGGAUUUAUUUUGUAUUAGUUUGUAGUGUGGCAUUUAUUUAUACAAUUUCGAAAAGUAUCUCUAGGUGUAUACUCGUUGUUAUGUGGGCGAGGUUCGUCAGGCGAGUUAAAAUGCCGCUAUACAGGAUCAUAAUAAUAUGUCAACUUGUUCAGUUCACUAUACAUACUAACUAGAUGAAUCGUGUUGCACGUCAAGUGACUAAUGACAAUCUAAAAUGGUUCUAAAUGAAUUUAAUAUGUGACAAUUUUCAGCAUAGUAUGUAAUUGUGGGCAUUAGUAGGAACUCUUAGUAAAAUAUACCCACAUAAUGAAGACACCAUAAAAUUUAUGCGCCAACUUCAAUGAUCAUCUGUGUCACUGAGCGUCGGCCGAUGUCUGGUCGAGUAUAAAUUGCUAUUUUAAUCUAAUAUACAAAUUGCAUAAUUGAUAAAAGAAAUUUAUUUCUAAAUUAAUUCUUAUUAAGUGAGCUUUUUAUAAUGUUUUAAUUUUACAAGUAAUUUAAAAUGUCUUUUAGAACAUAAGCAAUAAUUACAAUAUCUACAACUUGGUAUCUUAAUUUAAAAUGCCCUGAUACAAAGGCAAAUUCAAGAUCUCGUGUCGAAUUUCUUUUGAAAACUACGUGUACAAGAUGUGUAACAUUUUCAUAAUAUAAAAUCCAGUGACUGACAUUUAAAACCCUACGAGAGACAUGAAUGGAAAUAUGACAGCUUUUUAAACAUUUUAUUUUAUAAUGAUAUAUGGCAGUGCAGUUUGUGUUGAGAUUUUUCUUGAUUGGUUGAGGAAUGUUAUAUAGUGUGAUCUAGUAGAGUGUAGAUAUUGUUUUAAUAACUAUUCACAGAUAUGCAAAUAUUUUAAAAUAAAUUCACAAAUGUGCUAAUUACAAAAUAAAAUUGACAAUUUUACAUGAGAGUUCUAGUUUAUUUAAAGUAUAGAAAUUAGAGUUUAUGCAAAAAAAUCAAAUUUUUUGUAAUUAUUAUAAAUGUGAAUUAAGACAUUGAUUUUAAUGUAUUCAGACCUCGGUGUACACAACACAAUGUUUACAUAAUGUAUAGACACAGUACUGUUUGAUACGCCUGCAAGACAAACUACAUAAUUUGUAUUGUAGAUGUAACUGAAGAAAUGUAAAUAAUGUAAAAACAAAAGGUCUUUAUAUAUUACAAUUUUAUUGGGUUAAUAAAUACAGUAUUAAAUAAUG